GCCCCCGGCCCGCCCCGUCUCCCCCCGUCUCCCCGCCGCGGGGCCGGCGGUAGCGGUGCGGAGAUAGCGGAGAACCCGCAGCAUCCCGCCGGGCUGGGCCCGUCGCUGCGCCGGAGCCGGCUGGUGAGAAGGGACAUCCCACCAUCUCCCACCCGCAGCCAUGGAAGGAGGCGUGCAGCUCCUCAACCGUGAUGGCCACAGCAUCUCCCACAACUCCAAGCGGCACUACCACGAUGCCUUCGUGUGCAUGAACCGCAUGCGCCAGCGCGGGCUGCUCUGCGACAUCGUGCUCCAUGUGGGCACCAAGGAGAUCAAGGCCCACAAGGUGGUGCUGGCGUCCUGCAGCCCGUACUUCCACGCCAUGUUCACAAAUGAGAUGAGUGAGAGCCGCCAGACCCAUGUGACGCUGCACGACAUUGACCCCCAGGCCCUGGAGCAGCUGGUGCAGUACGCUUACACGGCUGAGAUCGUGGUGGGCGAGGGGAACGUGCAGACCCUUCUUCCUGCUGCCAGCCUGCUUCAGCUCAAUGGUGUGCGGGACGCUUGCUGCAAGUUCCUCCUCAGCCAGCUCGACCCUUCCAACUGCCUGGGGAUCCGGGGUUUUGCUGACACGCACUCCUGCAGUGACCUCCUCAAGUCUGCGCACAAGUAUGUCCUCCAACACUUCGUGGAGGUGUCCAAGACCGAGGAGUUCAUGUUGCUGCCUCUUAAACAGGUGCUGGACCUCAUUUCUAGUGACAGCCUCAAUGUGCCAUCAGAGGAGGAGGUGUACCGGGCUGUGCUCAGCUGGGUCAAACAUGAUGUGGACAGCAGAAGACAGCAUGUCCCCAGGCUUAUGAAGUGCGUGCGGCUGCCCCUGCUGAGCCGGGACUUCCUCAUGAGCAACGUGGACACGGAGCUGCUGGUGAGGCACCACUCGGAGUGCAAGGACCUGCUGAUCGAAGCCCUCAAGUACCACCUCAUGCCGGAGCAGAGAGGGGUCCUCAGCAACAGCAGGACGAGGCCGCGGCGCUGCGAGGGGGCCAGCACUGUCCUCUUCGCUGUGGGUGGGGGGAGCCUGUUCGCCAUCCAUGGGGACUGCGAGGCCUACGACACGCGGACGGACCGGUGGCACAUGGUGGCCUCCAUGUCCACCCGAAGGGCCAGAGUGGGCGUUGCUGCCAUCGGGAACAAGCUGUAUGCCGUGGGCGGUUACGAUGGGACCUCUGAUCUGGCCACAGUGGAGUCCUAUGAUCCUGUCACCAAUUCCUGGCAGCCGGAGGUGUCCAUGGGCACCAGGAGGAGCUGCCUGGGUGUAGCAGCACUUCACGGGCUUCUCUAUGCUGCUGGGGGGUACGAUGGGGCCUCGUGCUUGAACAGCGCAGAGCGGUACGACCCUCUGACAGGCACCUGGACAUCCAUCGCUGCCAUGAGCACCAGGAGACGCUACGUCCGGGUGGCAACGCUAGAAGGCAACCUCUAUGCCGUUGGGGGAUAUGACAGCUCAUCCCACUUAGCCACAGUAGAAAAGUAUGAGCCCCAGAUCAACACCUGGACGCCCAUUGCCAACAUGCUGAGCCGGCGGAGCAGUGCAGGAGUGGCCGUGCUGGAGGGGAUGCUCUAUGUGGCUGGAGGCAACGAUGGGACAAGCUGCCUUAACUCUGUGGAACGCUACAACCCCAAAACCAACACGUGGGAGAGCGUGGCACCCAUGAACAUCCGUAGGAGCACCCACGACCUGGUGGCCAUGGACGGGUGGCUGUACGCAGUGGGUGGCAACGAUGGGAGCUCCAGCCUGAACUCCAUCGAGAAGUACAACCCCCGUACCAACAAGUGGGUGGCAGCCUCCUGCAUGUUCACGCGCCGGAGCAGCGUAGGGGUGGCCGUGCUGGAACUCCUCAACUUCCCACCCCCUUCCUCGCCCACCCUGUCGGUGUCUUCGACGAGUCUUUGACAAAGAAUCAGGACCUACCUUACCUCAAGGGGACAGGGGUGCCUGGAGGAGCUCUAGGCCAGCGUGGCCGGCCCCGCGGGGCAGCCGGUCGCUGUAGGAGGAGAACGAAGGUACCGGCUGCUGCCUCCAGCCCCCAGCAACUCCUGUGAACCCCCGGAGCCAUCCCCACUCUUGGUGCACACAUCGGAUCAGCACGACCACAGCAGUUAGAAAUGUGCUUCCUGGACGAGCGCCCACCUUCUAGAGGACGAGGAAGAGGGGGUGCUCUCUGCUCCGUUCAGACCCAUCUCACCACUCACCCAAAGGGCGUAUAUAUUUAUUUUUUUUUCUUUGGGGAGGGGAACCUUUAAAUCAUUGCUGCUUCUUGGAUUCACGUGAUCCAGCCGGUGCCACACGUAUGAGCACAGCCAGCCUUUGGAGGCUUCCAGGAGUCCUGUGGGGUGGCAGAGGUGGACGAGCACCUUCUCCCAAGGACGCGGCUGAAUGUGCAACUGCUCCUCUGAAUGUCACUGUAGCCAGACUCUUUACCAAGCCUAUUGUGCACUGUUAAAGACUCUGAGGCCGCUGUAUGGUUCUCAAUGGUGUCUAAUUGAUGCCUUAAAACACACAAGCAGAAGAAGCCCAGCUAAGGGACAGGGUCUGGAGGGGGUGAGCUUCGGAGAUAAAACUGGACGCAGCAUCCUGGACCCUCCGUACUCAGCCGGUCCCACCUCAUCCACUGGGAUCCCAGUGACCGUUGCUCUGGGUGGUCCCCAGCUGGGCAGAUGGGUUGGGUGACCUUGGUUGCAUCGCUGCCAUUGCUGUCCCGGGUUCCAGCCACCCUGAGGCUGCCUGCUCUCUGCUCCUGGUCCCGGGAGGCAGUUGGGCUGGGGUCGGAUCGGCCUGUUUGCUGUUCCCCUCUCUGCAAAGCAGAUUCUGGGUUUAUGGAAAGGUAUCGGUUCUUAAAAGAAGAACAGUCCAGCCUUCUAAAUGAGGAGGAUUGCCUGGCAUUACUUUUUUGGUUGAUAAUUUUUUGCCCUUUUUUUUUUUUUAUUUGGAUGCUAAUAUUUUAAUUUUUAAUGACUUCACAUCCCUUUAUUUUUUACACUAUCCUGGUAUUCCCCACCCCAUCUGCUUUUAAGGCAGCAGGAGGGAAGCAAUUACUUUCCUUAUUUGUUGCUGAGAUGAUGACUGUGUCCUGGAAGACGUUCUCUACAGAGGUGUGGGUGUGUGUGCGUGUGCGAGAUACCGUAUGGACAGUGAAAACAGCAUUGAAGGGACCAUUUGCAAUUAGCGUCUCCCUGGCAAUUAAGCAACCACUCUAAUUAACUAAAGGUUGAAUCAAUUAGUACUGUAAGUCACGGGCCUGUCCUAGACCCACCUGUGCCAUGGCACCUCUUGGGUGGCGUAUGCUGUAGGGUGUGUGUGUGUGAGCCUUGAACUGAGACGUAUUAUCAGGUGUUCUCUCCAUUACAGAGGAAUGACUCAACCGCUGGUACCUCAACACUGUUCAAAUGUAGCAUUGGAAAUAUGGCCUAACUCUUUGUUUUGAACUAAUUCCUUUAACUUUUUUUUUUUUUUUUUUCCCCCCUGCUCCUUCUCAUUUCUCAUUUCCAGAGUUCAGAUUUCACUUGUGGUGGUAUUUGUUGGUCCAAAUGUUCAAGGGGAUAGAGAUUUCUUCUUUUUUUUUUCCUUUGGGGUGAAAGGAGAGUUUGAGAUGAGAUAGAGACUCCGCAACUUUAAGACAAUUUUUACGGCGAUCUGAUUUCUCCUGGGCAGGUGCCUGCAUGUUUUACCAGCCUACUUACAGUGCCUAACGAUGGACACCCGAAAUUACCAGCAGCUUCAGAAAAUCUGGGCUGCUUCUCCCCCCAGCCACUUCCCAAGGGCAGUCUGGGCUUCUCGGGCUGAGGAGGCCUUUUUUGGCUUUCAGAACAGACUCUAAAUCUGCUUUUCAUUCCCCUCUUGCUCGCCGAGCCUGUCACAGCUCGGCGGCUCUCCCAUUCCUCUGUAUUGCAGGGGACCCUGCAGAGCUCCAGGCCGUGGACCUGCAGGUUGCCUCUUGGUCGACGUGGCAGUAGGGCUGCCCCUAAGUAGGUGACAUCAAUCUGUUUUGUUUGAAAUAACGAUGAAAUCGGUGAAGUCCGCCCUGUUGCGUGUGUGUGCCUACGCGUGAGCGAGCUCUCAAUCCUUUUCUUCCCAUUCCUACAAGCAACAUCAGGAUUUUAGUCUUCUGCUGGACUCGUAUCGACCGGCACCUUCCAGGUGCCCCCCUGGCUCUAGGGUCAUUUUUUUGGGAAGGAGGAUCAUCCUAAAAGCCCCAUGGCCCUGUCAGAAGUGAAAAGUGCUGGUGCUGGGGGAGAAAUGGGGCUGGUUUUGAGUGAGGAAUGAGUCGUUAGAGCCGUGGUUCAGCAUCUGGUCCAGCUGUAGCAUGAAGGGGGGGCUGCUGCCUUGGGGGGGGCAGCAGGCAGGCGAAACCAGAGGGGAAGCGAGCAGUGUAGCAGGCUGAGGAGAACUUUUUGCGCCAUAUCCCCUUGGCCCCAGUUGUGAUCUUUAAGCAAUUUACCCUCCGAACGGGCACGCGAUGCUGUCCUGCCUCUUGGGGGUGAGGGAAAGGGGCAGUGUGACUCCUGUCACCCACCCGUUGGGUCCCCAGCAAUAUCACCACUCAGCCUGUUCCCUCAGAAACCCCGGGAGGAGGGAGCCUUUCGUGUCUCCGAUGUACUAACUAUGCAGGUGCUCACUGCUUUCCUGGAAAAAAACAAACAAAAAAAAAAAAAAAAAGAAAAGAAGGAAGGAAAGGGCAAAAUGGUUCCCCGGCAGCUUGCGGGGGUCCGGAGCACCCCGACCCACACUGUGUGGACACGAGGUGUCAGCAUCUGCCCUGGGAGGUCCCAGGGUGGACAUUGCUUCUGGUGCUGCACAUCCCUCACCCAGCCCCGAGGCCUGGGAGGGGACGUGUGUCUGUGUCUGUCUGUCUGUGCGUAGUACCCUAUCUGAGGGGAGGAGAACUGUCAACUGUUGUGUGGCUUCUCUGCCAGUCUUAGUUAGUGCCGUCUCACCCAAAAUGUUAGCUGUGCAAUUUUUUUAUUUUAUUUUUGUUUUUUCCCCCCCAUGUGAGCUUUUCCCAGCGGAGGAGCAUCCCUGCACGGGGUGGCUCCGGGCUGUGUGUGUUGAUGUGUUUUGCCCAGGGACCCCGGUGUCGGUCUGCGGUGAGAUGGUGAGACCAGGCAGGAGCCUUUGCCCCGAUGUCGGGGGAGAGGUUCCCUUACUGGUUCCCUACCUGCCUUACUGGUAGGCAGACCCGGUCUACUCCAUGUCAAACCGUCGUCACUUUGAUUUCUCUGUAAGUUAUCUGACUUAUUUAUGUGGAACUCCGUUUCUCUGAAUUUUUUGCACUACGUGGGAUGGGGAGGGGAUACGAGCAAUAGAAGCAAACAUGUACAAUAAAGACCUUUUCUUGAAUACCGGA